CCUUAUGAAGGUGAUUAAUAGAAAGUCUUCUCUUUCUAAUGCAGAGUCUGCUGUGAUGGGGGAGAGAGGGCUGCUCAUCCUUCUGCUUGCAGGGUUUUGUGUGCCUGCGUACAACCAGAUCAGAAAACACGUGUUUGUGAAAACUGUGAAGAGCUGGUCUGAUGCUCAGAGGUACUGUAGAGAGAAGCACACAGACCUGGCCACUGUGCGCAGCCAGGAAGAAGCAGAGCAGCUCUUAAAUAUUGCAGGAGCUUCUCUCGGGGAUUCCUGGAUCGGGCUGUAUCGUGAUGACACACAGAACUGGCAGUGGUCUAACAGCGAUGAUGUCAUCUACUCCAACUGGAGGGCAGACGUCUUCUGUGCUUCAGUCAAUUCAGACGGAAAGUGGACUGAUUUACCCUGCAACCUUCAGAAAGCCUUCAUGUGCUACAAAGCUUCCAGGAUGGUGGGCAUUGAAUUGUCUGCAUUUCCACUGCGCUCAUGGCAGCUCUGA